UUGCCACCCUCCUUUUUCUCCUGCACCUUCACAGAUUUCAGCUAUCACAGUCGGUGUGUGUGUGUGCUGUGUGUGUGUCACUUGUGCAAUCAGCAGCUGGCUGGCUUCUCCUGGCAGCAAGCGAGGGACUGCCCUACCUUAUCUCCUGCCUGUUAUAAAUCGCCUGGCGCAUGCUGAGAGGACAGCACAGAAUGGGGUCUCUUGAGGAGUGAUCUGGGAAGGCAAAGGGAGGCCCAGAAACCCCCUGGCUGGUUGGGGUGUUGCAAGAACCAUUUAAGGAGGGAGUCAAAGUUCAAAAAAAAGCAAGAGGGACACAUAUCUGACUGCACAUUUUCCAAGUCAGAACAAGCAAGGACGCCAGGAUGACACAGAAAGCAGGAAAGAGCCUGAAAGAAAAAGUGGCCCUAAAGAACAAUUUGCUGAAGGAAGCGCUGGCAGAACUCCUGGGGACCUUCAUCUUGAUUGCGCUGGGCUGUGGCUGCGUGGCACAAACCGUCCUGAGCAGGGGGGCCCUGGGAGGAGCACUGAUGAUCUCUGUUGGCUUCGCCAUGGCCGUCACCCUGGCCGUCUAUGUGGCAGGAGGCAUCUCUGGUGGUCACAUCAAUCCAGCCGUCUCCUUCGCCAUGUGCCUGACUGGGAAGAUGAAAUGGGUCAAAUUCCCCGUUUAUGUCCUGGCACAAUAUCUGGGUGCCUUUCUUGGAUCUGCUGUGGUCUUUGGCAUCAACUACGAUGCUCUCAUCUUCUACACGGAUGGAGUCUUCUCCGUCACAGGGCCCAAUGCCACAGCGCACAUUUUUGCAACGUAUCCUCAGGAAUAUUUGUCCCUGACCAAUGGCUUUGCAGACCAGAUGAUGUCCACGGCCUUUCUUAUCCUGGGGGUCUUUGCCAUCUUUGACACGGACAACUUGGGGGUCCCGAAAGGGCUGGAGCCCAUUGUCAUCGGCCUCCUCAUCAUACUGCUGACCUCUUCCAUGGCCCUGAACAGCGGCUGCGCCAUGAACCCUGCCCGAGAUCUGGGCCCCCGCCUCUUCACCUACCUGGCGGGGUGGGGGCCUGAAGUCUUCACAGCCGGCAAUAACUGGUGGUGGGUCCCCAUUGCCGGCCCCAUGGUCGGGGCAGCCUUGGGAGCUGCCACCUACAUGCUCUUCAUCGAGGUCCACCACUUCCCCCUGUCCCCCUGCCAGAAGAUGGACGUGGACACCCUCCACGAACAUGAACUGACCCACCUGGAGGAGGGGAAGUAGGGCCCAAUGAAGCUCCCAGUCCCCUCCCCCCAGAGGACCGCAGCCCACAGGAAAGCCACUUACAGAAGACAGGUGGCAGGAGGUCGGAAUAGCCUCUCAGUACAUACCCUCAAGAAAGUUACUUUUAAAUCAGAAAACGAUUCAUUGACAUUCUGCCUGCCUCUGCUCCAUCUCCCCUCCUGCCCCAGGUCUUCAAUCUCCAUUCCCUCCAAACAACAAAGAGUAUCUGGCAAAACCCCAGUCAGCGCUUUGUCCGCCUGGGUGCCUCCAGCGUGGAGUCAGGGCCCCCUUGAGCUGUCAACACCUGAGUUCGAAAACCAGCUUUGGCUUCAAUCUGGGCAGCCAGAAGAGAGAAGCACCGGGAGCCAGCUCAGCCCUCCUAGGCACUGAGGUUCCCCCAAGGGGGCUGUCCAGAGAAUGGUGCUUCCUGAGCUGUUGCAACCCAUUGUUGCUGCCCAGAGAAUGGCAUUUCGGGAGGGGGGGGGCUUGUGGAAGAGCAGGCUGCCUAGUAAAAGUGGCAGGCCCCUCCGCUGCUUUCCCCCCUCCCCUCCGCCACGCAAGCCUUCUCCUCAGCAGCAGCCCAGCAGAGUUGCCAACAAAGCCGCAGCCUUGACCCAAGUGUGGGAGGGUGCAUGUUUUGGAGCUCUGCAGCUAAGCCAAAGGGGCCCCAGCCAGAGAAGCCUGAGGCAGAGGAGAGGGCAGCUUCAAGAAGGGGGUGGGGGGUGGGGGUUGUGAGCAGCAGCAGCAGCAGCAGCAGAGAAAUCCCAGAAGGGCCUCCAGACAGAGAGAAGCCCUGAGGUGGGCAAGUGGAGAGCAUAGUUUAGAGGAAAUCAUAGUAGAAUAAUAGGGAGUAGCAAUAGUAGCAAUUGAGUAGUAUGGAGUCUAACAUGUUGAAUAGUAAUGAGUAUAAACAUUGUCAGGAUAUGUUGUAAUAGUGAUUAUCAUAGAAACAGUAUAGAGAAAGCAAUAAAAUGGAAUAUAGGAAGUCGUAUCACUUUUAUACGUUUGUUUUUACAAAAUAAAACCACUUCUCAACACUUAUAGACCAGAGACACUCAGAAGCUGCCACUCCUGGAUCCAGGCUUUAGUGUCUCUUGUGCAUCAGUGAAUUGGGUAUAAUUUAAAAAGAACCCUGUCUUGCUUAUGGUUGCACACGCAUGCACGCAUGCACGCACGCGCACACACACACACACACGCACACACACACACACACACACACACACACACACACACACAGACAGACAACACAGCAUUUGUCAGGACCCCCAAAGGAACAGAUGUGGAGCCCUCUCCCCACCCACCCCAGUCCAGCCGCCUCUUUCUGGUCAAGCCAAUGGAGUAGCUCUGACUUCAGCAAAGGUACUGAAUUCUGGAUUCGAACUGGCUUCUUUGACUGUCUCCAGCCCCAGUGUGCAAUUCUGCCUUGUUCCCGAGGGACGGUGAAUAAAGAGCAUUUUCUCCCAAUCAAAA